UUCAACCGGAGCUCUGCUCACUCGUACUGACUGAACAGCCGCUUGUUGCAUUAGCAUAUUGUUGCAGGGCUUUUGAAAAGAAAGGCGGAGCACCUGGGAUACCACACUAUAUGUAAUUUAUUUAUUUUUAAACUCAAAUUUACAUUCGGAACUGACUGAAAUUGAGAAAGGUCAUAUUAGAACGCAUACACUUAGUGUCUGUUUACGUGGCUGUAUAUACUGCAACCGUCUGGAGCAUCAUUUACAGUUAGUAUACCAUCGAUUAGUGGUUGAUAGUUAUAGGUUAUAACUGCUUGCUUGGUUUCAGUCCCUUAAACAUGUUGAAAUAACAGCAACCAGGAGGAUGAGCGCUGCAUGAAACUGGACCUGCAAACUCAGAUGAGAGGAUCCUGCGAAUUUAAACGCAUUUCACACGAGACUUUGGGGAUGCAUCUUUUAAAGUGAGCUUAAUAAUAUUUACGAGACUACAUAACUUUAUAUUGACUUUAUAUCGCAAGAAAGACUAACGGGGUUCUGUUAACUGUUGUUAUCAAUCUAACGUGUAAAUAUAUAAUUACAAGUAGGCUUAAAACACAUUUAUAAACCCAUUAUGACGUGUCUGCUUUGACCGCGCGACUUCCCGGGCAUCACGCGCAUAAACUGCAUAGAAGCACGUUAUUCACAAAAAUCACGGGGAAUUUGCCGCUGGACGAAAUGCAUUUUUUCAUCUAACUAUCAGUUUUGAUAAAAGUUCACGUGAAUAAGUUGCGACCAGCUGAACGAAGCGCACGCGAUACACGAACAGCGCAGAAGUGGCGUAGUAUCACAGCUCGAGACUACGUGAUGGGCGCGAGGGGAUCUGAUUCCAAAUCUACAGAGCGAAAAUCCACAGGUCUGCCUAAAGCACACAGAGCUGGAAGACCAAACAGUGACGUGGAUCGCGUGGAGGAGGACAGUGUUCACUCAGGAGGCAACAGCUCCUCUCGCUUUCUCUGGAAAAGCUGUGAAGCCGGAGCCAACACUUACUCAACACCUGCUUUCACUCGUGUGGACAAGAAUGCCAUCAUGCAUGAGAAUAAGAGCACUGCUUCAAAGAUUUUUACAAGUUUGUCCGAGGGAAAAGUCAGCUGGAAUGGAAAGAGAAAGUUUACGUUGGGCACUUGGAGUUGGUGGGCGUUUUUCUGCAUGCACGUGCACGUGUUGAGAGCAGUCGCACAAGGUGAUGUGGCCCCAUACUUCAAAACAGAGCCGGGACCUCCAGAGAUCCACCUAGAAGGGAACCGUCUGGUCAUAACCUGCCUAGCGGAGGGGAGCUGGCCUCUGGAGUUCAAAUGGAUGCUCAACAACACAGAUAUCACAGCCUUCUCCCCUGAGUACAAGUACACCAUCUCCUUUCUGCAGCGCUCCAAUAUGGGUGUUUACCAGUGUGUGGUGAGAAACAGGAUGGGUGCUCUGCUCCAGAGACGAGCCGAGAUUCAAGUGGCAUAUAUGGGCGACUUUAUGGACAAUGACCAAAGAAAGACAGUGACACAGGGCAGGGCGGCCAUCCUUAAUUCCCCAGCUGUCAGCUGCUUCCCACGGCCACAGGUGACAUGGUUCAGGGACGGCUACAAGAUCAUUCCCAGCAACAGAGUAGCCAUUACGUUGGACAACCAGCUUGUGGUGCUUGCCAUUGCCGCAGCAGAUGCCGGGAGGUACUACGUCCAAGCUGUUAAUGAGAAGAAUGGAGAAAACAAGACAAGCCCAUCCAUUUACCUGAAUGUGGCAGAUUCAGAUGCCCCAGCAGACCCUGUGGCUCCAGUGAUUGUAAUCCCACCUCGGAACAUUACGGUAGUGGCUGGGGUUAGUGAUGCCACGCUGGAGUGUGUAGCUAAUGCACGUCCGGUUGAGAAGCUCAGUUUGGUGUGGCGCAGACAUGGCAUGGAAGUGGCCAGCAGCGUGGGCUCCUUCGGACGUCGCUUGACCAUCAUCAAUCCCACGAGCACCGAUGUGGGCAUGUAUGUGUGUGAAGCCUCACUGUUGGACAGCAGCGUGAAGCCAGCAGAGGCCAGAGCCUUUCUCUCCAUUACAGAGGUGCCCUAUUUCACUGCUGAGCCCAGGAGGAAGAUGAUGGGAGAGGUGGAAAAAAGCGUGGAUAUCCAGUGCCAAGCUCGAGGUGUGCCUAUGCCUAAGCUGGAGUGGUAUAAGGAUGCAGUGCCCCUCAGUAAACUCAACAACCCACGCUACAAAGUCAUCUCAAGCAUGGGCCUUCAGGUCAGGAAGCUACAGGCCAGCGAUGCCGGAAUCUUCCAGUGUUUUGCCAGGAACUCAGCCGGAGAGGGCCAGGUGCACACUUACCUGGACAUCACAAGUAUAGCUCCGACCUUCACAGCAGCACCGGUCAACAUAACUGUCACAGAUGGAGCGAUGGCCGUGUUUACCUGUCAGGUAUCCGGGGCACCUAAACCUGCCAUCACUUGGAAGAGAGACACCCAGAUUCUAGCCAGCGGAUCGAUGCAGAUUCCACGUUUCACCCUUAUGGAGUCCGGUGGUCUACAGGUUCAGCCGGUGGUACUUCAGGACACGGGAACUUACACCUGCUAUGCCGCAAACUCAGAGGGAGCAAUCAACACCAGUGCCUCCCUCACCGUAUGGAGUCGCACUACCAUUUCCAACCCUCCCAUGGACAGACGUGUCAUCAAAGGGACGACAGCCAUUCUGGAGUGUGCCGCAACCCAUGACCCACGUGUAGUUGUGAGGUACAUGUGGAAAAAGGAUGAGGAGUUAGUGAGCCAGCCUAAAGGGGGACGUAUCAGCCUGCAGGAGGGCUCCUUGCACAUAAGUCAAACCUGGUCUGGGGACAUCGGGGACUACACUUGUGAUGUCAUAUCUCAGGCUGGCAACGAUUCCAAGUCCGCCCGUCUGGAGGUCAUAGAGCUGCCACAUUCACCUCGUAACCUGCUGGCCAGUCUUAAUGCCAAUGACAGCCGCAGUGUGGAUCUGUCCUGGAUGAGACCCUUUGAUGGAAACAGCCCUCUACUGCAUUAUGUGGUCGAGCUCUCAGAGAACAAUUCCCCUUGGAGAGUGUACUUGCCUGAUGUGGACCACACCGUAACAGGGGCCAUAGUAAAGGGACUAACUCCAGCCCGCUCAUACCAGUUCAGGGUCUGUGCGGUCAAUCAGGUGGGCAAAGGACAGUACAGCACCGAAACUAACAGACUGAUGUUGCGAGAGGAACCGCCCAGUGCUCCGCCCAAAAAUAUAGUGGCCAGCGGCAGAACCAAUCAGUCCAUUAUGGUGCAGUGGCAGCCGCCCCCAGAGCCUCAGCUCAAUGGAGCUUUGAGAGGCUAUGUCCUCAGGUAUCGUCUCGCCGGGCUCCCUGGAGAAUACCAGCAGAAGAACAUCACCAGCCCUGAGAUCAACUACUGCCUCAUCACAGAGCUCAUCAUCUGGACACAGUAUGAAAUUCAGGUGGCGGCGUACACCGGGGCAGGCCUGGGCGUCUUUAGCCAGCCUGUCACUGAGUACACUCUGCAGGGAGUUCCUACAGCGCCCCCGCAGGGUGUGGAGGCUAAGGCAGUGAAUUCAACCACCAUCAGAUUUUCCUGGAAUCCACCACCGCAGCAGUUCAUUAAUGGCAUAAAUCAAGGUUAUAAGCUAAUGGCAUGGCCAGAGCAUUCUCCAGAGGAUGUCAUAGUCGUGACCAUCACCCCUGAUUAUCACGGCACACGUCACCUCGGUUACAUCAGCGGCCUGAGGAAGUUCACCUGGUACCUGACAUCGGUGCUGUGUUUCACCACACCAGGGAAUGGACCCCGCAGUGCCCCCAAACUGGUUCAAACUCAUGAGGACAUCCCAGGCCCCGUUGGUCACCUGAGCUUUACAGAGAUCUUGGACACGUCUCUAAGAGUGAGCUGGGAGGAACCUGUGGAUAAGAAUGGUAUCAUUACAGGUUACCUGGUGUCCUGGGAGGUGCAGGGGAAGAACCAGUCACGGGUGGCGCGCACCUUGACCAACACCACAUUGGACUACAAGGUUACUGGCCUCACGUCCCUUACAACGUAUACACUGGAAGUAGCAGCCAUGACGGAGGCAGGCGUAGGAACUAUAACUUCCUCCACCAUCUCCUCUGGGGUGCCACCAGAACUUCCUGGACCACCAUCAAAUCUGGUCAUUUCCAAGAUCAGUUCACGAUCUGCUACUCUGAAGUUCCGAGCAGGGGAUGAUGGGAAGACGACCAUCUCCAAGUGGAUUGUUGAGGGUCAGGUGGGCAGUACUGGUGAAGAGGAAGAGUGGAAGGUGUUAUACGAGAAAGAGAACGACCCUGAAGCUCAGAUGCUGGAGGUGCCCAACCUCACACCAUUCACUCAUUACAGGUUCAGAAUGCGACAGGUGAAUAUUGUAGGCCCGAGUCCGAUGAGCGUGCCAUCCCGUGUGAUACAAACCCUGCAGGCUCCUCCGGAUGUGGCACCCAGCAGUGUGACAGUACGCACAGCCAGUGAGACCAGCCUGUGGCUACGUUGGGUGCCACUGCCGGAGACUGAGUACAAUGGGAACCCGGAGAGCGUGGGCUAUAGGGUCAGAGUGUGGCAGGUGGACCUGCGGGACGAGGCCAGCACGCGAGUGGUGAACGACAGGCUGGAGAGAGAAAUCACUCUGGAGGGUCUGGAGGAGUGGACUGAGUACCAGCUGCAGAUCCAGGCCUUCAAUUCCAUCGGCCCCGGACCCUGGAGUGAGACCGUGAAGGGCCGCACACGGGAGUCAGUGCCGUCAGGGGCCCCGGAGAAUGUGACAGCUGAGGCCAUGAGCUCCAGUCGCAUCCUGGUAACUUGGGGGCCCGUUUCCGAGCACGAACAGAAUGGCAACAUCCUCGGAUACAAGGUUCUGUACAAAGAAAAGGACUCUGAUUUGGAAGCACAGGUGAAUGUUGUUAAGGGGAAUCUGACGCAGUCUGUCUUGCUGAGGAAUCUACGGAAAUACGUCCAGUAUGAGAUCCAAGUUUUGGCUUUCACACGAAUCGGAGAUGGACAGCUCAGCAGCCCCCCAGUGCUGGAGAGGACAAAGGAUGAUGUUCCUGGACCACCCAUGAGACUGGUGUUUCCAGAUGUGCGCCUCACAGAAGUGAGGGUGUUCUGGCAGCCCCCUGUGGACCCCAAUGGCAUAAUAAUGGGAUACCAGGUAGCUUACCGUCUGGAUUCCGGAGAUCCCAACCAGUUCAUCACAGUAGAAGUGGGCCCUGAUAUCCGUCAGUUCAUCGCCUCCAACCUGACUCCGGAGUCGGCCUAUAUCUUUCGCAUCUCUGCCAAGACGGAGCAGGGCUGGGGCUCACCUGCACAGGCUGUGGUUAUAACUACUGAGAUUAGAGAGCGACCGCAGCCUCCACUACAGCUGCGAGUGCCCCAGGAACAUGUACAGUCCCGCAAACUGCAGCUCAACUGGGUCCCCGGGGGAGACGGCUCCUCUCCUGUGCGAUAUUUCACCCUACAAACCCGGGAGCUGCCCAGUGGAAACUGGCUCACCCAUUCCUCUGCUAUAAGCCACAAUUAUACCUCCUGGGAGGUGGACAGGCUGAAACCCUUCACUUCAUACAAGCUGAGAAUGAUGGCAACUAAUGACGUUGGAGACAGCAAGUACAGCCAGGAGACUGAUGCAAUUACAACGUUACAAGAUGUUCCAGAUGAUGCACCAGUGAUUCAAGCUGUGAAGCCCUCCACAACGACAUCCGUGCUGGUGCAGUGGCAGCCGCCCAAGGAGGAGAGUGUGAAUGGGGUUCUGGUGGGCUAUCGGCUGUACUACCGUGAACUGCAGUAUGACAGCACUCCACAGGAGUCAAAGAGGGCCGUCAACAGCUCCUUGCUGCGUACCGAGCUGACAGCCAAAAGCACUGUGAAGACUGUCAGCAAUCCUUCAUUAACCGAAUUCGAACUAACGCAGCUGCAGAAAUACAGGCGCUUUGAAAUCGUGAUGACUGCCUACAAUGUGAUUGGUGAAAGUCCUGCGAGUGCUCCAGUGGAGGUGUUUGUUGGGGAAGCAGCCCCCUCCGUGGCCCCUCAGAGCAUCCAGAUCAACACCUUGUCAUCAACACAGCUGGAGGUACAGUGGGAACCGCCCCCCAUCGAGACACAAAAUGGCAUCAUUCAGGGAUACAAGAUUCUUUACUGGGAGAUGGACAAUCAAAACGAAACCGAGAAAGUUAAGAUUCUCUUCCGGCCUGAAACAAAUAUGAGACUCAAGAACCUGACCAGCUACACGUACUAUAUGGUCAAGCUGUCUGCCUUCAAUGCAGCAGGAGACGGCCCGUUCAGUGAGCCCAGGAGGGGGCGCACUCUUCAGGCGGCGCCCAGUGCUCCCAGCUUCAUUAGUUUCUCAGAGGUGACAAGCAGCACUCUGAAUGUGUCCUGGGGUUUCCCACUGUCGCCCAAUGGUGUGGUGGAAGGCUACAGGGUGGUAUAUGAGCCCUCUGCCCCCAUUCAAGGUGUGACCAAAGUGGUAACGGUGGAUAUCCGUGGCAGCUGGCAGCGCUGGCUGAAAGUACGAGACCUGACCAAAGGCGUGACCUAUUGCUUCCGCGUGCAGGCUAAGACUAUUGCCUACGGGCCAGAGGCAGAGGCCAACAUCACAGCUGGCCCUGUCAAAGGUUCUCCUGGAUCCCCUGUAGAAAUGUCAAUCACAAAGACAGGCUCCAUGCUCAACAUCCACUGGGCACCAGGGGAAACAGGCGCAGGACAUGUGACCGGCUAUGUCAUUGAAGCACGACCCUCAGACGAGGGAUUGUGGGAUACCUUUGUGCGACAUCUGCCUCCCACAAGCACUUCUCAUUCAGUGAGUCUGGACCGCCUCCGCCAGGGCAUCAGCUACCAGUUCCGUGUGCUGGCCGUCAAUGAGUUUGGCUACGGUGAGCCGAGUGCGCCCUCAGCUGCCAUGUCAGCCCAACUGGACACACUGUUUUAUGAGGAGUGGUGGUUUCUCAUCGUGUUGGCAUUGUGUGGUCUUACUCUGCUGCUGCUGAUGGUCUUUGGACUCGUCCUGCAUGGCCAGAACAGGAAGUACAAGAGCUGUGGAACAGGUAAAGCUGUGUCCACGGUGGAGGAGACGGUCACACUGGACAAUGGAGGCUUCACUGCUCUAGAGCUCAACAGCAGGCCUGUUCAUGUCAAGAGUGUCUUCCUGAGGAAGAAUGGCACAAGGUCACCUCCCCGACCCAAUCCAGCUGGACUGCGCUAUUCUGAUGAAGACAUCUGUAACAACUACAAUGGCGUGGUUUCCACAGAGAGCACAGUGCUGACUGAGAGGCCAGCAGAGUUGUCAGAGUCUGAGGCUUCAGACAGCGAGUGUGAGGAGGAGCCGAUCAAACACUCGUUUGUGAACCACUACAUGAGCGACCCAUCUUAUUUCAACUCGUGGAAACGGCAGCAAAAGGGGCUGAAGCAGACUCUGGCCUGUUCCUACGAGGAGUGUGCCAGCGGGGACACCGAGUCCUACUAUCAGACAGUGGUCACGCAGCACAGCGUGGGUGGGGUCUACACCCCCACCGGCCAGCCCGCCCCAGGCUCACGGACUCCCGUUACAGGCUUCUCCUCAUUCGUGUGAUGCCCAGGAGCCCUGAUGGACUGGGCAGAGGAACCAGACACCUCUUUGCUCGGGCAUCACGGUUACAGAGAAGGGCACUAGAUAUAGGAGAUUCUCUGACAUCCACAGUACUAUCACUACGCGCACUACAAUGACCGAUAAAUCUUGAAUGUACUCUCUUGCUGAUUUGAGAACACGAUAAUUAGUAAGCGAGCAGAGAAGAGGACGGUUUCAAAAAUAAUUUUUAUAAAGGCAGUGGUGAUAAUGAAAGUUACUAUUAUUGUAUGUGUCCCUCUUGUUUGCAGCCUUGGUGGUGAAAGAUAAAUAAAUGUCUGUGCAGAUGAUUUUCAAAACAGGAUAUAACUGAAAUCUCCUGUCUUCAAACCUAUUAAUGUGAUGAGACAUUCCAGCUAUAAAGAGAAGCGCAUAUUCACUCUGAAUUAAUGGGAAACAUUCCUGCCACUUUUCCCGUUAACACAAUGAAAAUACACCAAGAAAAAACGUAAAUGAAGACCACACUGUAAUUACUGUAUAUUCUUGUCUGAAUAUUCCCUCAUUUCACUGUCAGUGUCCCAAUAUAUACAUGUUGCACUUGAGAUCUUAAAGGGGAUGAACUGUAAAUCUGCUCUAAUGGUUUCGAUUCACGUUCACAUGGCCUGGAUAAAGAAGCACGGAAAUCUGGGCACAGACGUCACCAUGUCUCCAGUAUAAUCUGUAUAGAUUCACCAGCAAAGAAACUCAUGAAGGCUGUUGGCAGAAGACACUUUCAGUUCCCUUCUUCUAUGUUAUCAGAUGGUGAAACAGUGCCAGAUAUGUUAAACAGUGUUGUGAUGUGUUACAGUACCACUGCUUAUUCUCACAUAUACCAAGAUCCAAGUUCUAAUUUCUUUUCUUGUUUUGUUCCCGCCAGUUUGGCCUUGCUUAGGAACUGCAAACACUCACUUGAAAUUAUUUAAUGAAUGAAUGUAUGAAUUGUAUGUGAGGAGAUCAGUAAGGAUGCUUUACACGUAUGCAUAUACUGCACUGUUGAGCCAUAAAGUCUUAUGUUUCCUUCUUUGCUUUUAUUUCAUACAGGCUUGUAAAAUGUGUAAUUUUACAGUGCAAUUUCAAAAUUAAUUUGUCUUUUUUUUUUUUUUUUUUGUGUGUGUGUUAUUAAAAAGUGACGUUCAGUAGUUCCGUUGUACUUUUUAGAACAAGUAUGAAUUUUUGCAGUUCUUGAAAAUGCCAACACAACAAAUACAGUAAUCAAACAAGAGCGUACUGUUAUGAAAAUGUUUCACUUCGCCAAAUGUUUUAGCACAAGUGUGUCAUGGACGUUCAUGAAGUUAAACAGGUUAAUGUUUUAUUUGAUUUUAUUUUUUUAAGAUUCUUGUUUGUUGUUGACUUAAUUGCCUCAAACUACAAAGAUGUCUUGUUGCUAUUUCUUCAAUAUGCAUCUGACACUAAGUUAUGAUAGUUGUAUCACAGAUCAGUUUUUAUACAGUUUUUGAAAAGUAUUUCAUCAAGUAAUCACUUUUAAUAGAUGUAUUUCUCAGUUUAAGGUUCAAUGGAAACAAAUUCGUUACUUGAAAUGUUUUCUUCACUGUUGAAUGGACUGAGGAGUUCGUUGACAUUUCAUGGUCUUAUUGCAGUGAUGAUGAAUAAAAGCAAAAGUGUGGAAAAACAAUGUGCAUA